UGUAUCAAUUAUCAACAGUUAACCUGGAUUUUCACCACAAUCAAACCACAGACAUGAAUCCCUUCAGAUCCUUCACACCUUCCUACACUACUCUACGGGACACUCCUGUGGCCAUCUUGCAACACUUCCAAUGUUCCAUUUGUACUGAUGUUCUGGAGGAGCCUGUCACUACCGCCUGUGGUCACACGUUCUGCAAGAGAUGCCUGGAUCGCCACAUGGCCAUGAAUGACCUAGUCUGCUCAUUGUGCAAGCAGCAUCUGAGAUUAAAACCACAAGUAAACAUUGCCUUUAGAGAUAUUCUGAAGGAUUUCUAUGAAGCCCAGAGUUCCAGUCCUGAUGAGUUCACUGGACAGCCGGAGGAGGUCCCCUGUGAUGUCUGCCCUGAUAGUCGCAAGUAUAAAGCAGUCAAGUCCUGUCUGAUGUGCUUGUUGUCAUACUGCAAUCAACAUCUUAAAAGGCACCACAACAAGCUACAUUCCAAAGGGCAUAAACUGGUGGAGCCACUGAAUGAGCUGGAUCAGCGAGCAUGCAUGAUCCACAGCAGGCCUCUGGAGCUCUAUUCAGUCAGCGAGGGGAAGUUAAUCUGCAGUCUCUGUGUGAAAGGUAGGACAAAUGUGGUGUCUGUGGAGGAAGAAAGAGACAGAAGGCAGCCAAAUGUAUUAUGUACUUGUUUUGUCAUCACUGUGACUACCAUUUAUUUAUUGAUUUAUUUUCUCACUUGCCUUAUAGAAACUGCAAGGAUUAAGAAAUAUGGAGUGGAUGUGACUCUGGAUCCCGACACUGCUAAUGCACAGCUCCUAAUUUCUGAUGACAUGAGACAGGUGCACAGCUCUGUGGAGAAAAUGGAUGUAUCUGAUUGCCCUGAGAGGUUUGAUGUCUUUGGCAACGUUUUGGGACAGAACCCGCUGGCUGAAGGCAGGGCCUUCUGGGUAGUGGAGGUUGGGAACAAACGAGGCUGGGAUAUUGAGGUGGCAAGAGAGAAGGCAAACAGGAAGGGUGCACUCUCCCUCAAACCAAGCCAAGGAUACUGGGCAAUUGUGCAUUAUAAUAAUGACAGUUAUGCAGCUCUGGAAGACCUUCCCACCCUGCUGGCUCUUUCAAAUAAACCCUGUAAAGUAGGGGUAUUUGUUGAUCACAGCGAGAAGUUAGUCUCCUUCUAUGACAUGGAAGCAGAAACUCACAUUUACUCAUUUACUGACUGUGCAUUUGGAGCAGCAAUUAAACCCUACUUUAGCCAUCACCUUAAUGAGAAUGACCCUUUUUUUCCCCUGUCAAUUCCAGUGAAUAACAUUCCUAUUUAAAGCGAAAGGUAAUUUUUGAGCAACUGUAAAAGCUGUACUGUUCGAUAAAUUUCAUAGACCCUUAUGUAAGAACAAUGAAUGACAUGUUCACAAGCAUAUACUGUAUUCAUUUAAAUAUUUUACCUCUAAUACCUCUAAAUCUGAGGCCAUGGUUCUCAGCAGAAAACCGAUGGAGUGCCUACUCCGGGUAGGGAAUUAGUACUUAACCCAAGGGAAGGAGUUCAGGUACCUCGGGGUCUUGUUCAUGAGUGAGGGGACAUUGGAGUGGAGAUUGGCCAGGGAAUCGGAGCAGCGGGAGCGGUAUUGCAAUCGCUUUACCGCACCAUUGUGACAAAAAGAAAGCUGAGCCGGAAGGCAAAGUUCUCGAUCUAACGGGCAAUUUUCGUUCCUACCCUCACCUAUGGUCAUGAAGGUUGGGUAGUGACCGAAAGAACUAGAUCGCGGGUACAAGUGGCCGAAAUGAGUUUUCUCAGGGUUUUCUCUACUCAACUCAGAGUAGAGCCACUGCUCCUUUGCAUUGAAAGGAGCCAGUUCAGGUGGUUCAGGCACCUGGUAAGGAUGCCCCCUGGACGCCUCCCUAGGGAGGUGUUCCAGGCAUGUUCAGCUGGGAGGAGACCUUGGGGAAGACCCAGGACUAGGUGGAGAGAUUACAUCUCCACACUGGCCUGGGAACGCCUCACGAUCCCCCAGUCAGAGCUGGUUAAUGUGGCUCGGGAAAGGGAAGUUUGGGUUCCCCUGCUGGAGCUGCUGCCCCUGUGACCCGAUAACAGAUAAGUGGUUGAGGAUGGAUGGAUGGAUUUAAAGAUUUGAAGGCUUUAACUUUAAUUCUUUAUAAUGUUAUCAUUUUUACAAUUUAAAUAUAUGGAAUCCAUUUGAUACUAAAAUAUGCAUAUAUAACCACGAAUGGUUAUUUGCAGAUAAAGGGAUCAAAGGUUCUUGUGUGGUUAUUAAAGUUACUUCAUAAUCCUAAAUCAUCUAAGAUCGUGGUUACUGUAGUGCAAUGUACUGUGCAGUGAAAUAUCAAUGCAAGAAUAUAAUGCAAGAAUCAUUUUAUACUUAUCUAUGUUAAGCUAAAGGUUUUAGGUUUGAGCUCUGCUGUCACUUAACUAGUAAAUAAGAUUUUGCAUGUUUAGGGUGAAUUUGCUAAUAUGUUACAGUGACUCUUUUGAUGAUUGAGGAUUUGUUAGGUGAUUGUGAAAAAUGUACUAAUGUCAGUAGUAUUUAAUGCUAAUGAUAACUACAAUAUCAAUAUUUAUACACUGUAUAAGAAACCAGUACAGUAGACAUUUACUGUGCCUGUUAUGUACACUUACUUACACACCCUACUGAGGCUUGAUGUCUGUUUUGUCACACUGUAAAUUGAGUACUGAUAUUGAGUUGUCAAGGCUGUCUAAGUUGCUUUUAUACAAUAUCACACAUACCACACAUAAAACCAGAAACUAUUAUAUUACCAAAUACCAAAUACUUUUUUAUUCAUUAAAGCAUUUUUAUUUUUUCCUGGUGACAAAUAAAUACAAUAGGAUUUAUUUAUUGAUUAAUUUACUGCUUACUAAUUACAUCCUACUUAUACCAUAUUUGUCACACCACAUGCCACUUUUGAAGCCACAUGGUAAAUCCCUUGAUCAAGCACACCUGUUCAUAAUCAUACACGGUCCUUAAAUUACCUGAAUUCACAAUAGUGAUGGCAAAAUGAAGCUUUCUGUAGCAAUGUCCCAAAUGUU